UAGUUUUAUGUUUAAGGCACUACCACAUUUAUUUCAUUAUGAUCAUCAGAUUCUACUUAUGUUUAAACUUAUUUGUAUAGGUUUUUGAGUUUAUUGUAGUUUUACAUAUUGUAUUGGAUUGAUUAUCAAGUGAUAAUAAUGAUCCAGUAACUAAAUAUUAAUGGCUCGAAUAUUCGUUUAGUGUUCAGCAUCUUUUCCACUGAUUGUAUUUAGCUGAAUAAUUCAGUUUUGGUGCCAAAUAUAUUUGUUUGUUUAUUUUUAUUUUCUAGGCAUGUAUUAUUCGCUAUAGAACUAAAAAAAAAACUUCUUAAAAAAGUAAAAAUAAUCAAAUUCUUUAAAUAAAUGUAAAAAUAUGGAAUAUCAAUAAUGUAAACCUAUUCGUUAAUAACAAAUAAAUGUGUACAUUACAAUGAAGUUUGUCUACACCAUUCUACAAAAGACCAAUUAUGAUAAUUUAAUGACCAUUAUUAUGAUUUUGCAAUAAGAAUCUAGAACCCUAAUGAUUCAAGAUUCAAUGUGCUAGUAAUGGAUCAGCCUACAAUUAAAUGUGCUUAUUGAGCAACAUUGGUGAUAUACUAUACAUGUGACUGCAUCCAGGUCAGCAGAUAGCAGAGGGCUGUAUUGGCGCACUGUGAACAACAGCGAUGGUAAUGGAGGCGUCCCCGUCCCCGCAGAGCGUCGGCCGCGAGUUCGUGCGCCAGUACUACACACUGCUCAACAAGGCGCCUGCCCAUCUGCAUAGAUUCUACAAUAAUUACUCGUCGUUUGUGCACGGCGGGCUCGAUGCGCCCAACCGCGAGACGCUACCGGUCGUCGGCCAGAAGCAGAUACACAACCGAAUCCAGCAACUCAACUUCCGGGACUGCCAUGCCAAGAUCAGUCAGGUGGACGCGCAGGCGACGCUCGGGAACGGCGUGGUGGUGCAGGUGACGGGCGAGCUGUCCAACGGCGGCGCGCCCAUGCGCCGGUUCACGCAGACGUUCGUGCUCGCCGCGCAGUCGCCCAAGAAGUACUACGUGCACAACGACAUCUUCCGCUACCAGGACAUAGUUUUCUCAGACGAAGAGGGCUCUGGCUCCGGUCGCUCGGAGGGCGAGGAGGAGGAGGCGACUGCCGCGGGAUACUUCCCACCGCCCCCGCCCCCCUCCGCGUUCCCUCCGGCGACCUUCCCUGCGCCCCCCACGUUGCCCGCCCCCGCGCCCGCGUCUGGCGCACCUCGCCUCGACGCCCCCGCGCCGGCCACUGUCCCGGCCCCCGCGCCCGCGCCCGCCACCGCUUCCGCCCCCGCCCCGCCACACAUCAACGGACACCCGCAGCAUGACGAAAUCACACGACAAUUCGUAGCCGCCCUCCAAGCGAGCAGUGUCACUAGCGGGGAGCACGAGCCGGUGCCGGAGCCGGCGAGCGAGCCCACGCCGGAGCCGGAGCCGCCGCGGGACCCCACGCCCCCGCCCCCAGCGACCCCGUCCGCGCCCCCGGAGCCCAAGACGUACGCGAACCUGCUCAAGUCCGGGUCCGGGUGUGGGGCGCGCGUGUCGCCGCCCUCCGCGCCCGCGCCCGCCCCCGCCCCCGCCCACGCCCCCGCCCCCGCCACACACGAGCCCCGCCCGCGCCCUCCGAGACCGCACCAACCUAGCGGCGAGGGCGGGAGCGCGGCGGCUGCGGCGGGCACGGGGGCGGGCGCGGGGGCGGGGGCCGGCAGCGGCAGCCGGCGCUACUCGGACUCGCAGCAGCUGUUCCUGGGCAACCUGCCGCACUCCGCCACCGAGGAGGAGCUGCGGGCGCUGUUCGCGCGCUUCGGGCCCGUGGCCGAGCUGCGCGUGCACAGCAAGCCCGCCGCGCCCGGCGCGCCGAGGCAUCCCAACUACGGGUUCAUAACGUACGAGAGCUCGAUGUCGGCGCACGAGUGCCUGCACGCGGCGCCGCUGUACUUCCCCGCGGACAGCGCGGACGGCGUCAAGCUCAACGUGGAGGAGAAGAAGACGCGCGCGCGCGACCCCCCGCGCCGCCGCCCCCUCUCCUCGCACCGCGCCCAGGCCGCCUUCGCGCCGCGCGCCGCCUACCGCCGCUAGCCAAGGGUAUGUACACCGUACACAUAUAUGGCAUCCACUUUCGCUACUUACGCGUGCGAAGCUUUUCGCUGGCCGCUAACGUUAACUCUUCUCUGUUGUUCCAGGGCCGUGUAUGGCGCGACUCCGGUGUCCCACCCCUCCUCCCCUCCUUUAAUGCCCCCCGCCCCCCUCCCCCUCGUCUGCGACAAGGGGAAUGCCCGCCCGUCCUUCCCGAGGGAUCCUCGUCGGGCACGGGCCAGAAAUAGCCCCGCGACCGUGCAGUGAAUCAUUCUAAACACCCAUUGUACAUUUCCGCGGAAUGAGUAGAAUCAUCGAGUCGCGAGGGCGUCCUCUCCCGUGCCCGACGGUGGUCGUCCUCGUGGGGGGCCGUCACGGUGUAGGAAGCGUUCGAAGCGGUCGCCGGAGGGAGCACGCUUCGCUUAUUCUUAUUUCGUUUAAGUAGUUAGAUAGUUAAUUAAUAUUAUUUCGUCGGGCCCCGGCCGAAGCGGGGACGCUAUUAACAAAUUCUAUUUCGCUUUCUGAAAUUCGAAAGAUACUUUGUGUACGAUGAGAGUUCUCGGUGAUCGCUUCGACGCAACGAAAGAUUCCGGGAGUCGCGCCUCCCCCCUGUUGCGACGCCUCGACCGCUCGAGUGCCGCAUCCGGCGUCGUGUUCGAAGGAUGUGAUCGUACGUCGGUGCGUACGACCGACGGCCGACGAUCGACUCUUCCAUUUUAUCAUUAUUCCUAUUGUAAAAAUGAAAACCGAUGUUUUAUUUUACCGCACAGUUCGAUCAUAUCCUUUCAGAAACACGUUUCUAUUCGAACUAGAAGAUGUGUCCUAGUAUGUCUUUUCUCCCGGACUACGAUAUUCACACC